AUGGCACUUCGAGAAGGCCAUGGGCUCAUCUGGGUUGUACUCAUCGCAGCUCUCGUGACUUAUCGCUUCCUCUUGCGAACCCCGAGCGUCAAACGCAACGGCCUUGCUUUGAGACAGCCACCAAAUACUCUUCCUCUCGUUGGAAACGGGAUCUUGUUCCUUCAGGCCCGCCAGAAGCUCUUCUCGUGGUUUGUCAAGUGUGAACGCCAAUUCGGCUACGAGACGUUCCAGAUCACAGUGCCCACCCUCCACCCAGGUGUGGUAAUCAAUGACCCCAAGAACCUGGAGUAUGUCUUCAAGCACGAAGGAGUCUUUGCGAAAGGCGACUUCUUCAAGCGACGCGCGUGGGACGUCUUCGGAAAUGGCAUCAUCAACGCCGACGGGGAACUUUGGAGGGUCAUGAGGAAAGCCGGGCUUCAUUUCCUAAACACGUCAAACAUGCGUGUCCUGACAGAUGUGGCGCUGCCUCGGUAUCUCGGCCAGAGUGUCGAUCGCCUAAAGAUGAGAGCUGGGGAUGGCAGUGUCGUCGACUUGCAGACCGUCUUUCACGAGAUUACCAGCCAGUUGAUGGGAAAGAUGGCUUAUGACAUGGAAAUGCAUGCCGACGACGACUUUACGUUGGCAUUUGACUAUGCAUCGGGCGUUACGGCAGAGCGGUUUCAGAAUCCGCUAUGGUUUAUAACCGAGCAGUUCACCGGCUCGCGUUUCCGGAGCUCCCUUGCCAUCAUUCGCAGCUUUGGUGACAGGAUUGUUGAGAGCGCCGUUAGUCAUUCUCGACCGAACGGGACAACCGAUUCCAAAGACACUACGGACCAGAGUUGUCUCGAUACGGAAUCCGGCAGCCUGAUACAAUCUCUUCUUAGCACCCUGGGCUCGCAGAAAAUGGUCGCCGAUGCUGCCCUCAACUACCUUUCUGCCGGACGAGAUACCGUCGCCCAAGCGCUCACUUGGAGUAUGUAUCUCCUCAUUGAGAAUGAGUCAGCCGCCGAAAAUGUUAUUCAAGAAGUGAAGGGGGUGGUUGACGCGAGUGGGGAGUCUCCCGAAGACCUCGGACGAUAUGGUGAAAGUGUACACUCGACCAUGUUCACGCCAGCAUCACUUCCGUACACCAUGGCAGUGUUCUACGAAGCAUUGCGCCUCUACCCUCCGAUCCCAUUCGAGAUCAGGCAAUGCGAGGAAGCGACGACACUGCCAGAUGGCACCUUUCUUCCCCACAAGUCCGUGGUACUCUGGUGCACAUGGGCUAUGAACAGGUCUCGGAUCACCUGGGGCGAUGACGCCGACUCCUUCCGCCCGGAGAGAUGGCUCACCGCGGACGGCAAGCUGCUCCCAAAGAGCGCGUCGGAGUAUCCCGUCUUCAAUGGCGGUACGCGAACCUGUCUCGGAAAGCGGAUGGCCGAGCUCAUGGCUGUCCAAGUCAUUGCAACAAUGUCACUGAUGUUUGACUUCGUGCCGGCAUACCAGACUGAAAGAGUCAGCAAGAGUAGCCUCACCUUGCCUAUGGAGGAUGGCUUGCCGUGUUAUGUCAAGGCCAGGGCACAUACCCCGGACACAGACUCAACUCUAGAAUCUUAG